UUGAGUUGACAAUGGGAGCCUAUCCCUGGCUGCAUCCGACACGUAUAUCAGGGGCCUCCCUUCUACUGCCGCGCUCAUGCAACAGGCUCUCUUUGACCGUGAAGGCCAAUGACGCCGCUACCGAUGCGGCUGCGGGUGUAUACCAGUGGAGUGGAGUAUUGUAGAGUAGAGUGGAGUAGAGUAGAGUGGAGUGGAGUAGAGUGGAGUCGAGUCGAGUCGAGUAGAGUAGAGUGGAGCAGAGUGGAGGAGAGUCGAGUCGAGCAGAGCGGAGUGGAGUGGAGUGGAGUGGAGUGGAGUGGAGUGGAGUGGAGUCGAGGAGAGCAGAGGGGAGUGGAGUGGAGUGGAGUGGAGCGGAGGGGAGUGGAGUGGAGCGGAGGGGAGUGGAGUGGAGUGGAGUGGAGCAGAGGGGAGUGGAGUGGAGCGGAGGGGAGUGGAGUGGAGUGGAGUGGAUCCACUCCACUCCACUUCACUCCACUCCACUCCACUCCACUCCCCUCCGCUCUCCUCGACUCCACUCCACUCCACUCCACUCCACUCCACUCCACUCCACUCGACUCCACUCGACUCGACUCGACUCGACUCGACUCCACAGGAGAGUCGAGUCGAGUCAGAGUGCAGUGGAGCACUCCACUCCACUCCACUCCACUCCACUCCACUCCACUCCACUCCACUCCACUCCGCUCUCCUCGACUCGACUCGACUCCACUCGACCAGGGAGGGGAGUGGAGUGGAGCGGAGGGGAGUGAAGCGGAGUGGAGUGGAGUGGAGAAGAGUGGAGUGGAGUGGAGUGGAGUGGAGUGGAGUCGAGUCGAGCGGAGCGGAGUGGAGUGGAGUGGAGCGGAGCGGAGUGGAGUUGAGUGGAGCGGAGUGGAGCGGAGCGGAGCGGAGUGGAGUGGAGGGAAGGGGAGGGGAGUGGAGCGGAAUGGAGUGGAGUGGAGCGGAGUGGAGUGGAGUGGAGUGGAGUGGAGUGGAGUGGAGUGGAGUGGAGUGGAGCGGAGCGGGGUGGAGCGGAGCGGAGCGGAGUGGAGUGGUGGAGUGGAGUGGCGCGGAGUGGAGUGGAGCAGAGUGGAGCGGAGUGGAGUAGAGAGGAGCGGAGUGGAGCAGAGUGGAGUGGAGUGGAGUGGAGUGGAGUGGAGCGGAGUGAAGCGGAGCGGAGUGGAGUGGAGUGGAGUGGAGUGGAGUGGAGUGGAGUGGAGUGGAGGGAAGGGGAGUGGAGUGGAGUGGAGUGAAGCUGAGCAGAGUGGAGUGGAGCAGAGCGGAGCGGAGUGGAGUGGAGUGGAGUGGAGUGGAGCGGAGUGGAGCGGAGUGGAGUGGAGUGGAGCGGAGCGGAGUGGAGUGGAGGGGAGUGGAGUGGAGUGGAGUGGAGUGGAGCGGAGCGGAGGGGAGCGAAGUGGAGUGGAGCGGAGUGGAGCGGAGCGGAGUAGAGUGGAGCGGAGCAGAGUGGAGUGGAGUGAAGUGGGAUGGUUGAACAUGGCAUUUGUGUUUCUGAAUAGGUACCUGGACUUGGCAGAAGCGAUGGAGGACCCUGAAAAUGUCGUCAUUGAGAACUCCGACUUUGUCAAGACAGACAUUCCAAGUGACUUUGCGAUCCCAGAGAAACACUUUCUACCAGAGGACACAAGGGAGGCGGUUCGCGACUGGGUGUUAGAGCUAAGUAUGGAUAAACAGAACAUCGAUUUCUCUUCUCCGGAACUGAGGACCAGGUUCCGAAUCGUGUUCCACCCAUUCAAGCUCUUUUUUUUGGGGUCGAAUAGCUCCAAUUAGUCCUGCAAACUGGAGGUACUCAGUUGGAUCGACGACAUCUGCAACUUCAAAUAAAGCCCCAAAAGUCGA